AAUUAAAAUUAAUAUUUCUAAUGAAAGCAGCAUAUAUUGUAUCAGCAGCAAGAACACCAAUAGGUUGUUUUUUAGGGAAAUUGAGUAAAGUGAAAGCAACAGAAUUAGGAGCCACAGCAAUAAAAGGUGCAUUGUCUUAAGUUUAAAUCCCAUAAGAUGCUAUAGAUGAAGCUAUUUUAGGAAAUGUUUGUUCUGCUGGUCUUGGUUAAGUAUAAAUAUAUAAUUAUAUGUAUAGGCACCUGCUAGAUAAGCAGUGAUUAAAGCAGGAUUACCAUCAACAACACCAUGUACAACAAUAAAUAAGGUUUGUUCUUCUGGAAUGAAAUCAGUUACUUUUGGUGCAUAAAGCAUUUAAUUAGGAUUAUCUAAUAUAGUAUUAACAGGAGGAUUUGAAUCCAUGUCUAACAUUCCUCAUUAUAUUAAUGCAAGACAACCAUUGAAAUAUGGAGAUGGCAAAUUAUUAGAUGGAUUAGCUACAGAUGGUUUAUCUGAUGCUUAUAGUAAUGUUGCAAUGGGUGUUUGUGCAGAGAAGACAGUUAAUGAUCUUAAAUUAACAAGAUAAUUAUAAGAUGAUUUUACUAUUACUAGUUAUGAAAGAGCACUUGAAUCUAUUAAAACAGGUAGAUGGACACNUAUUAGAAAACAAUUAACUAACAAUUUGAUUAUUAAGAUUAAAAAAUUGAGAUUGAGAUCAACAUAGUUAAGAUUUUAAGUAGAAAUGCUUCGUUAUAUAAUAUGAUUUUAAAUAUAGUUCAAUUAAUUUUAUUUAAUUCUUUGGGUAUGAAUUCGGGUAAUAUAUUUUCAAUCGGAAAUGAAAAAUUGAUAUAGACUAUAUUUAGAAUAGAGACCUUAAUUGAAAUCUGUUUAAGGAAAUUUAUAUAUAAUAAAUUAUGUUGGUUAAAUGAAAUAGAUAUUUAUUUUUAAUGUAUAUUUUUUUAA